AUGGCACUGGCGCGUGACCACGUGAUGACGGCGGCGCACCUCCUCCUCGAGGGCGAGUGGCGGAAGGCCGCCGACCAGCUCACCUCGAUGGCGGUGUGGGACUUGCUGCCCGACCCGGCCCGCACGCGCGCCUUCCUGCGCGCAAAGAUCCAGACCGAGGGCUUGCGCGCGUACCUCAUCUCGUCGUACGCGCACUUCGACUCGCUCUCCCUCUCGGCGCUGGCGGAGCGGUUCGAUCUCCCGCCAAACGAGACGCACGCGCUCGUCUCGAAGAUGCUCCUCGACGGCGCGCCGCCCGCAGAGCUCGCUCUCCCGGCCCGCCUCGCGGGACACGUCCAGGACACGUCCAGGACACGCACCAUCCACGCUUGCUGGGACCAGCCGACCGACACGCUCGCCGUGCAGCGGAUGGAGCCGACCAAGCUGCAGUUCCUCGCUCUCCAGUUCGCCGACAAGUGCGCGCAGCCCGUCGACACGCAUACGACAGAGGGCACACCGAAUUAG